AUGUCUGGCCUCGAGGCCCUCGGUGUCGCUGCCAGUAUCAUACAGGUCGCAGACCUAGGCACAAAGCUAUCGGUCCAGCUUUUCUCCCUCUACCGGCGGGUUAAGAGCGCCAACGACUCCAUCCAGCUCUUAUCUAAUGAGGUAGCACUUGUCAGUGCUAUUUUGCGUGAGCUAGGUGAAAACUUGAAAGAAGAGGAGUCAUCUAAACUCUGUUCAGAUGAGGCAUUUCGCACUCUAGGCCUGGUUCUAAAUCAGUGUCGGGACGUACUUGGACAGAUCCAGAAAGUGGUUGAUGACAACGACCGGUCUGGAAAGGGUCGCUUUCAGCAGAUUACUGGAAAGUUUCGCAUAGUAAUACUUGAGCCAAGCCUUAAUCAGCUUCAACUUAACCUAGAAAGGCUGAAGUCGACGAUGCUACUUCUGCUAAAUGUGAUUACAUACGCGGGCCAAAUUCGAAGCAACAAUGUCCCAACGUUAGUCCAAGAGCAGCGUGACUUCCUACAAAGUCUGCUAGAGGACACACGCAAUGACAUCCAAAGGCCCCAGCAGUCAGAUAUGGCCGCGGAAUCUUCUCGAGAUUUGGCAGAGACAACAAGCAACAGACCAGCUCACACUAAGAUUCAUGAAACCGCUGGUCAGAAGUCCGAUUCAAAAGCCGACUUGUCGACAUUGAAGGACAAAUCGUCUCAGGGUUCAAUUGAAUACUCAAGCAGCAGUGAAGCACGAACCGAAGCCCAUAUAGCCUCCGAAAACAAUGAGUCCAUUGAGCUUGAGGAAUACAAUAGACUAAUCCAAAGGAUGCUAAAUGAGAUUGAAUUGUGCAAAAACAAGCUUGAGAGUAACAGACAGUCACGAAUCAAGAGUGGUGUCUUGAAUAUACACUCCAGAGAAAUCAUGCAAUUCCAAAUGGAAUACGGACGCUCGAUCCGCAUUGAUCACUCGCUUUUUGACGAGAAACGGCCCGAAAACAAAUCCAAUGGGGAAAGUACUAGUCCUCCUCUACCCCAAAAAGGUCUACACCAGUCAUCGCAAUCCACGGAAAUGCAUGUGGACAGCUGGAUUGGCUCGGAUGAUUCAGAGCUUUCCGAAACCGACAUAUUCAUCCGCAACAGGAAAGACCGUACCUCCUCUCACCGUCGUCCAGAAACCAAAGAGACCAACAACAAAGGCAGAGGCCAAAAGCCACGACAGGUACGGCCGAAUGUGUACGAUAAAUCCAUUGCGGGAGAAAAGCGGCCUUCACAGCAGAGCUUCACUAGCGGUGUCUCGCGUGAGACCUUUCUUCACCACCGCGAUCGCGAGCCCUUUAGGAGCCGGGGAAUGCUCGGAAAGGGUGAUUUGCGCAGGGACAUGGAGAUCUGGCAGCAUCGACAGGAUAUUGAACGUCUAGAGCGUGAGUAUGAGAGAAAUGAGUUUCACAAAGACAAAGAUGUUUGGAGGCAUCAACAGGAGAUUGAGCGUCUGGAGCGUGAGUACGAGAGAAAGGGUUUCCACAAGGACAAAGAUGUUUGGAGGCAUCAACAGGAAAUUGAUCAUCUAGAGCGUGAGCUUGCGAAGGCCCAUCGGAAGAGCUCCCAACCGCGCUUCCCCACACCUAUUGCACCACGAAAGGCGCACCAUAUAGUGUUAGAUAGCUCGGAUGAGCAGGAAAUGCGGUUUUCAGAGCGUCAUACCACCAGCAGAAUCUCCCGUGCGGCCUCCCCUUCCCACCACGACUACGAGCUUUCCAUGGACCAGCGAAUGCUCGAGAGGAGUGACUCUUUCAAGGACCCGGAAGUCUGGAAGCAACAAAUGGAGAUUGAGCGCUUAGAGCGUGUACUCGCGAGGACUCAUCUGCGGAGAGGCCCGCCACGCGAAUUCACACCCGUCGAGCCCUUCCUACCCCGUGAGCCUGCCCAGCAGGAGAGCGCGAUGCCUCAGCCACGUGGUGACGAUGAUCAGAAACAAACAAUUUCUGAAGAAAUCUCGCUGCCAGACAAUCUGGAAGACUUGUUGGCACAGUGGACUACCAUUGACAGACAAGAAAGUCAGGUUGACCAAGUCCCGAAAUCCUAG